AUGAGCGAGACGGAGGAAAAAGUCCAGCGCGAGGUCAAGGACCAUCUGCUGUUCGAGGUUGCGACCGAGGUCGCCCACCGCGUUGGUGGUAUCUAUUCCGUCAUCAAAUCGAAAGCUCCUGUCACGACAGCUGAAUAUGGCGACCGCUACACUCUCAUCGGUCCUCUCAACCACCAAUCGGCCGCCGUCGAGGUGGAAGAGCUCGAGCCGACCAACCCUGCUAUUCGCGAGAGUAUCGAGGCGAUGAAGAAUCGGGGGAUUGGUUUGUUGUACGGACGCUGGCUCAUCGAGGGCGCGCCCAGGGUGCUCCUGAUCGACACCAAGACGGCGUAUGGCUACAUGAAUGAGUGGAAGGCGGAUCUCUGGAACACUGCCGGGAUCCCCUCCCCUCCUAACGACGACGAGACUAACGAAGCCAUUGUCUUCGGAUACUUGGUAGCCUGGUUCCUUGGCGAGUUCGUCUCUCGCGAGAAGAAGAAGGCCGUCAUUGCCCACUUCCACGAGUGGCUGGCGGGCGUUGCUCUGCCGCUGUGCAAAAAGCGGCGCAUGGAUGUAACCACAAUCUUCACCACACACGCCACGCUCCUUGGGCGCUACCUCUGCGCCGGCUCCGUCGAUUUCUACAACAACUUGCAAUGGUUCGACGUCGAUGCCGAGGCUGGUAAACGAGGCAUUUACCACAGAUAUUGUAUCGAGCGUGCCGCGGCACAUGCCUGCGAUGUCUUUACCACUGUCUCCCACAUCACUGCUUUCGAGAGCGAGCACUUGCUGAAGCGCAAGCCGGACGGUGUCCUGCCCAAUGGACUCAACGUCACAAAGUUUUCUGCCAUGCACGAGUUCCAGAAUCUCCACCAGGUCUCCAAAGAGAAAAUCCACGACUUCGUCCGUGGGCACUUCUACGGCCACUACGACUUUGAGCCCGAGAAUACGCUCUACUUCUUCACUGCGGGUCGUUAUGAGUUCAGAAAUAAGGGCGUGGACAUGUUCAUCGAGUCUCUCGCUCGUCUGAACCAUCGCCUCAAGGCGGCCGGUAGCAAGACAACCGUCGUUGCUUUCGUCAUCAUGCCUGCCCAGACGACAUCUUUGACAGUCGAAGCCCUCAAGGGCCAGGCCGUUAUAAAGUCGCUCCGCGAUACAGUCGAUGUCAUUGAGAAAGGAAUUGGCCGUCGCGUUUUUGAGCGCUCACUCAAGUGGCACGAGGGCGACGCCCUUCCCGAUGAGAAGGAGCUCAUCACCAGCGCCGACAGGGUGCUUCUCCGUCGCCGUCUGUUUGCGAUGAAGAGACAUGGGCUACCCCCAAUUGUCACACACAACAUGGUCAAUGACUCGGAAGAUCCCAUCCUCAACCAGAUCCGUCGCGUACAGCUCUUCAACCACCCUUCGGACCGCGUCAAGAUUGUCUUCCACCCCGAGUUCCUGAGCUCGUCCAACCCUGUCCUGCCGCUUGACUACGACGACUUCGUCCGUGGCACGCACAUGGGUAUCUUUGCUUCGUACUACGAGCCUUGGGGCUACACUCCCGCGGAAUGUACCGUCAUGGGCGUGCCCAGCAUCACUACCAACCUUUCCGGAUUUGGUUGCUACAUGGAGGAGCUGAUUGAGAACUCGAGUGAUUAUGGAAUCUACAUUGUCGACCGUCGCUCGAAGGGUGUUGAUGACUCCGUCAAUGAGUUGACGUCGCACAUGUUUGACUUCUGCCAGAAGAGCCGUCGCCAGAGAAUCAACCAGAGGAACAGAACCGAGCGCCUCAGUGAUCUGCUGGAUUGGAAGAGGAUGGGUAUGGAGUAUGUCAAGGCUCGGCAGCUUGCUCUGCGCAGAGCCUACCCUGACUCCUUCGUGGGUCGCCAAGACGACGACUUUAUUCCCGGCGUCGAGCAGAAGAUCUCAAGGCCGUUCUCUGUGCCCGGCUCGCCCAGAGACCGCUCUGGCAUGAUGACACCGGGCGACUUCGCCAGUCUGCAGGAAGGACGCGAAGGACUGAAUACGGAGGACUAUGUUGCUUGGAAAUUGCCUGAAGAGGAAGAUCCCGACGAGUACCCGUUCCCGCUCACCCUGCGGACCAAGAAGCCCACGAUAUCGGGUGACGCAUCGCCCCUCGACAGCAUCCAGCUUAAUGGUGGCAACUGA